AGUAUUAUAUAUUGUGUGCGUGUAAUACUAGUAUUUGUAUUUCAUUUUCUUUUUUAUUUCAACGCCGCUCCCCAACGUCCCUUCAUUCGUCUCAUCAUUUGGCGCCUCUCUCUCUCUCUCAACUGCAGGGCACGAAAUUGUGCAGCAUGAAUCUAAGGGCGCCAAUUCACCAUCCACACCACCUUAAUCCGCCAACCCUAAACAGAAGAUUCAAUCGAGUUUCCACUCUAUCUACACCCAUUCUCCGAUUCUCGAAGCAAAAAAACAAUACGAAUUUAAUUUUCAAUUGCAUUUCUCCGAGCAAUGAAGUUGCAGAAAGCAUUGCUCGAAUCUCAUCAACUGAGGAAGGAAACGACGAGAUAUUAGCUGCAGUCGAGAAAACGCAGCUGUCAGAAGAGGUUUCUGAAAUCAACAUAGAUGAAUUAUCGGAGAAUGAUAGCUUGUGGAUUCAGAUGGUGGAAAUUGCCAAGUUUUCUGGACCGGCAGCAGGGCUGUGGAUUUGUGCUCCGUUAAUGAGUUUAAUUGAUACUGCUGUUAUUGGUCAAUGCAGCUCCAUUGAGCUUGCUGCAUUAGGACCGGGUACGGUGUUUUGUGACUACACGAGUUAUGUGUUUAUGUUUCUCUCAAUUGCUACUUCAAAUUUGGUUGCCACAUCUCUUGCUAGGAAGGAUAAAAAUGAGGUGCAGCACCAGAUAUCCAACUUGCUAUGCGUUGGAUUGGCAUGUGGCUUUUUGAUGCUUUUCUUUACAAGGUGCUUUGGCUCUUGGGGAUUGACCGCUUUCACGGGGGCAAAUAAUCCGGAAAUCAUAGCUGCAGCAAACACAUAUGUUCAGAUUCGGGGCUUAGCAUGGCCAGCAGUGCUGAUUGGAUGGGUUGCUCAAAGUGCAAGUUUAGGAAUGAAGGAUUCAUGGGGUCCUUUAAAGGCUUUGGUUGCCGCAAGUGCUAUUAAUGGCAUUGGCGACAUAGUCUUAUGCAGAUUCUUAGGAUAUGGUAUUGCUGGGGCAGCAUGGGCAACAAUGGUGUCUCAGGUUGUUGCAGCUUACAUGAUGAUUGAAGCUCUGAAUAAUAAGGGAUAUAAUGGUUAUGCCUUCUCUCUUCCAUCUCCUGAUCAACUCCUUGAGAUAUUCAUGCUUGCAGCUCCAGUCUUUGUGACAAUGAUGUCGAAGGUGAUGUUUUACUCUCUACUUGUGUACUUCGCAACAUCAAAGGGUACCAAAACUCUUGCUGCUCAUCAGGUCAUGAUGCAAGUGUACUGCGUGUUUACUGUAUUUGGCGAGCCUCUCUCACAAACAGCCCAGUCUUUCAUGCCCGAGCUGAUAUAUGGAGUUAAUCGGAAUUUACCAAAGGCUCGAGCAUUACUGAAGUCACUAGUCAUGAUUGGUGUGAUAAGUGGACUGAUAUUGGGAUCAAUUGGAGUAUCAAUUCCUUGGCUAUUCCCUAGAAUGUUCUCCCCUGAUCCUCAGGUUAUACAGGAGAUGCACAAGGUGUUGAUACCUUACUUCCUUGCACUGUGUAUCACACCCGCUACUCACAGCCUUGAGGGCUCUUUGAUGGCUGGACGCGACUUGAAAUUCAUUAGCAUGUCGAUGAGUGCGAUCUUUGUUUUGGGUUCUCUUAUCCUGCUGUUCUUGAGCAACAGUGGUUAUGGAAUAGCUGGAUGUUGGUUCACACUCGUCGCGUUCCAAUGGUCACGAUUCUCUGUUGCCUUGCGUCGUCUCACCUUACCAAGCGGGUUUCUGUAUUCCGAGGACUUGUCCCACUAUCAAACUGGGAAGCUGAAAUCUGUAUAAUACUCUACUCUCAAAAUUGCAGUCAAUUGUGCAGUUGUUUACAACAACACAGACUCUGUUGCUUAUGAAACUCAUAUUAAGGCAUGCGUGAAGAGUUGCGCAAUUAGUUACUCCCUCGCCUGCUGCUAUAUCCUUUUUGUUCCUUUUUCACAUUUCAUCGUUACCCGUUGUAUUAGUAGCACAGCUUGUUGUAUUUGUAAAGUAGAAGUAUUUUUUUUUUUACUUUAGAGCAUAUAUAAUCUGUUGGCGUGUAAUGUAUAAACACCAACUAAAAGUAUUAUAUAGUGUUUCCUAAAAAAAAAACUAAAAGUAUUAUACAUAUAAGCUUAACUUAGGAUAUCAAAGUAAACCAUGUAAACUACUGUAUCACCCAUAUAAUAUUGAAUUCUUAAAGGUGAAAUUAGUAAUUCUUAACCAUAUUUUGUCA